UUAUUUCCCUUUUAAAGAAAAAAUCAACUUGCCAGAUCAGAGCUACUCAGCUAGUGUAUGGGGCACUUUAAGAAUUAACAAUGGAGUGCAAGUACUUUGUUGGUCAAGUUGCUAACCUGCUUUCUGGUUGUCAGUCAACCUCCACAGCUGCUCCAGAUUCAAAUAAACAGCUGACCAAGUUGUUUUCAGUUGACUGUUCAGAAGCAGCCUUGAAGAAAAAAGCAAAAAAAGAGAAGAAAGAUAGUACUGUAAAAGCUGCCAAUCAAAAACCAUCACAGACUGGUGAAAAAAGCAAAGCAGGAUUUUGUCCUCCAAAAGGGAUUGUUCAUGAAUCACUUCUAAAGAAGACUCCAUCAGACUCUAUUCCAUACAAGUCUAAAAAAAGAAAAACAGAAAAUGAUUCUGAAUCUGAAGAAGACACAAGUCAUUUGAGUGUAAAGAAAAAAAUAAAACGGAAACGAGACCCUGCUGCCGACAGUCGAACCGUGUUUGUUGGAAAUGUAGCUAUCACAGUAACAAAAAAGGACCUGAAAAAGAUGUUUUCAAAGUAUGGUGGAAUUGAAAAUAUUAGAUUUCGCUGCCCUCCUACAUCAGACCCCAAGAAACCUAAAAAGCUUGUUGUUAUCAAGCAUGAUUUUCACCCAGACAGACACAACAUGAUUGCCUUUGUGUGCUUCAAGGAAGAGUCUUCUGCUAAAGAUGCCCUUGCAGUAAAUGGUCAUCUGUUAGAAGGACUACACUUGAGAGUUGAUUUAGCAUCAAAAAGCACAGAGCAUGACAGCAACAAAUCUGUAUUUGUGGGAAAUUUACCAUUCUCUCUGGAAGAAGAAGACUUGCGUAGUCAUUUCAGACGGUGUGGAAAGAUUGAGAACGUGAGAGUUGUCCGAGACAACAAGACGGGCAUUGGCAAGGGCUUUGGUUAUGUUCAGUUCAAGGAACAGAGCACUGUAUCAAUUGCAUUGAUGUUGAAAUCUUCAGAGUUGGCAGGAAGGGAAAUUCGUGUGAUGAGGUGUGCCAGUUCAGCAGAUGCAACAAAAAGUAGUAAGAAAAACCCUGCCAAAAGAAGAAUUUUUGAGAGAAGUAUUCAUGAGAAAUUGAGACCAAAAAAGAAGAAAAAGAAAAACUCAGAAAGUAUACCUCCACAAUUCAAAAAAAAUAAGGUGCUUAAAGAACAAUUUAAAGGGAAGAAGAAAAAUAACAAAAAAGGAUUGUCUACUACAUCAAAGUUUACACACAAAAGAGACUCAAGGAAACAAAUGGGAAAAAGUAACAAAAAAUUCAAGAGAAAUAAAUAAAUUGCAUUCGU